UUAGUGUGUAAAUAAUCAUUUGGAUAACAUGGAAGAUAACAUUAAAAUUGAAAAAGAAUUAAAUAUAGAAUUAGUAACAGUUAAAGAAGAAAUAUUUGAAGAUAAUGACCCAAUGAUACCAGAAUUAGUAAUUAAAGAAGAAAUACUUGAAGAAAGUGACACAAAGAUAAAAGAAGAAAUACUUGAAGAAAAUGUUCUAAACGAAUAUGAAAGAAGUCAUUUUAAUGAAGACUUUUCGACGGUCAAACACGACAAUAUUAAACUUGAAAAUACAGGAAUAAUAAAGGAUGAAAUAUUAGAUGAAAAUGAUUUGGAAGAUCAACAAAUUCUCGCUAAAGAAGAACUUUAUAAAUGUAAUGUUUGCGGUAAAACAUUUACACAGCAAACUAGUUUCAUUCGACAUAAUCUAAUAUUUCAUCAUAGUGUACAAAGACCAUUUUCCUGUGAAGCUUGUGAUAUGGGAUUUUUUCGUGAAAGUGAUUUUAUUCGACAUAAACAAAUUCAUAUUGAAGAAAAGCCUUUUUCUUGUGAAUUAUGUGAUAAAACCUUUAAUCACCACGGAAAUUUAAUUGCACAUAUACGAACUCACACCGGAGAAAAACCAUUUUCAUGUGAAAUUUGUGGUAAAAAAUUUGCUCGAAAUUCUCAUGUGACUAUACACAGGCGAACCCAUACAGGAGAAAGACCGUUUUCAUGUGAAUUUUGUGAUAAAACAUUUACUCGACAUAACAGUUUAAAUGAACAUAAACGAAUGCAUACAGGUGAAGGACUAUUUCCAUGUGAUGUUUGCAAUAAAAAAUAUACUCUGAAAAAGAGUUUAAUUCGACAUCAAAUAAUUCACACGGGGGAAAAGCCUUUCUCAUGUGAUAUUUGUGAUAGAAUAUUCGCUCGGAAAUAUGAUUUAUUUAAACAUCAAGUAACUCAUAAUAGAGAGCAAAAAUUUGAAUGUGAUGUUUGUGGUAAAACAUUUACGCGACAAACCAGUUUAAAUAUACAUAAAAGAACCCACACUGGAGAAGGACUUUUUCAAUGUGAUGUUUGUGAUAAAACAUUCACUCGGAAAUACGAUUUAAUAAAACAUAAAAUCAUUCAUACUGGAGAAAAACCUUUUUCAUGCGAUGUUUGUGAUAAAAAAUUUGCUCGAAAUGAUGAUUUGAUUAAACAUAGAGUCAUUCACACCGGAGAAAAAUCUUUUUCAUGUGAACAUUGUGAUAAAACAUUUACUUGGAGAAAUCAAUUGACUCGACAUAAACUCAUUCAUAGUGGGGAGAAAGAUGUAUUAUAUUAAGUUGGUGAUUUUUACGAAACAUUUACGAAAAA